AUGUCCAGCUGUGAGGCCGACGAGGUCCUCCAGUCCGCUGGCUUCGCCCACUUCGACCACCCGGUGGCGGAUGUUUCUGUAGGUUUCGUGCAAGCCUUGCCUUUUGGGGCAAGACCCCCUCUUGGAUUGUUGAUUCAGGAUGGCAGUCUUUGCCCUCCCCCACAUGCUUCGGCGUGUGGGGGAGGGGACCCCGGACUACCAGAUCGGCUCGGGUUUCGAGCCAUGCCUAUGGAGCUUUGGUCGUUCGAGAAGGGCUCUGUAAGCGCUGGAGUUGGUUUUGUCUGUGCAAGGGAUGUGGCGAAUAGUGUGUUGUACGCGACGCUGAUGUCCGAAGGUGAGGCACCAGGAAUCUCAGAUGCAACGAAGAGUGCCAUCCGCACUCUGCUGGACCUGGCCGAGGCUUGCAGCACGCGAAAGAUCAUCAUGGGCUUGAGUCCGGAGCACGCAAGUUGUGAAGGACUGGCAUGCUCACUUCUUCGACUUGGAUUUCAGGUAAUCUCGGUUCGCAAGUGCCCCGUUUUGAACGCCGCGCUUCUGCUCGAGUUCGAUAUGGGCCCACCUGCGCCUCUCCGAGGAAACCAUGUCAUCUCAUCGGACUACACUUGCAGUGGUACAUCCGAGUGCUCAACAUCCGCAGAGGCCGAGCCGCAGGGAGAUUUCUUAGGGCGUAAACGAUAUAUCCGAUAUAUGAUAAUUAACUUGUAUUGUAUCAUCAUAUAUAUAUAUAUAUUAUGA